AUGCUAAAUACUUCAAUUAAUUUUUUUGAGGAGAAUGACAUAAUCAAAUUAAGAAAAUACGUAUUAAAACAUUAAUUAUGAAGCUCAUUGGGAAAGAGAAUGAAUGGAAAAAAGAUAAGGCAGUUUUAGAAUAAAAAAUAUAAUUACUUGAGCUUUAAUUAGAUGAUUACAAAUCAAGAGAAUUCAACUAUAAAAAAUUGAAUGAGACAAUAACACAAGCUAUAAAUGAUACAUCUACAGCAUAGAAAGUAUUGAUUUGUUUAAAAUAUAAUAGAGAUCUGUUUCUGAAUUAUAAAAAAAUGUCGAUAUUUAACAGAAAGAUCAUAAUAAGGUGAUUUAUAAGGAGUAGAUUAAGUCUUUGGAACUUUAAGUAAAAAUUGAUUAAUAAAAAUGAAUAGGUUAGAUCGUUAACAGAAUAAUUAUAAGAAAAAGAUUAAUAAGGAAAAGAGAUGGAAUUAUAAUUCUAGAAACAAUAUUAUCAAUAUGAUCAUAGAAUAAUUUAAUUGGAAUAAGAGAAGACAUAGUGUAAUUAAGAAAAUGCAAAGUUGAAAGAAUAGAUAUUGAAACUUGAAGAGAGUUAAAAAUAGAGAGAAUAACAAUAUAAAAGUUAAUUGGACUAAGAAAUAUAAAGGAUGAAAGAUUUGAAUAUGUAAGAUAAUGAUGCCAAAUAAUCUGAUUAUGAAUCAAAAUAUUCUUAAUUGUCGUUGUUGUAUGAGAAAGAGAAAGAGUAGCUUCAAUAAAGAAUUAGUAAAUGUUAGAAUACUAUAAAAAGAUAUUAAUAACAUAUAGAAUAAAAUAUAGAUAUAGUUAAUAUAAAAUAGUAGUAUGAGGAGUAAAUUCAAUAACUUUAGUAAUAGAAUUCAGUAUUAUAAUCAUAAUUUCAAUAUGAGAGAUAAAUCUUAUUGUAAUAGAUCGAUGAAUUAAAGAAAUAAUAAAGAGAUCAUAUAAUGAAGGAGAGUAUAAAUUAUCAUGAAUCAACAUCCAAAAAAAGGAGUGUUGAUGCAGUGAAAAUUAAAAGUUCCUUAUAAUCAUAUGAUAGUCCAGUGUAAUGUAAGAGUUUUCAUAUUGCCAGUUAAGAUACAAAAGGAAUAACUUAUAAUUAAUAUAUUAAGAAUUAAUCUAAUUAAUCCCUUAAUUUUACUUAAAAAUAGCUUUAAUAAUCUUAAUAAUAAUAAUAAUAAUAAUAGAAUAAUUAAUCAUUUGAAAAGUGUUCUAAAUAAAAUGAUGGAUUACCUAUAUCAAUAGAUUAGUUUAAUUUAAUGAGAAAUAAAAAGUAAAAAUCUUAAUCAACUUUAUCAAUACCAACAAGCAAUAAUUAUAAUUUAAAUUCAUUAUUAUAAGAAGCUAGUAUAUUUUAAUAAAAUUAAGAAUCAUUUUAAUUGGAUUCAAAUAGCAAUCCUAAAGAAGAUUGUUCUAAAUUAAGAAUUUUGAGAUAAUUGAAUCCAAAUAUUGGAAAUAGAUAAUUAGAUUAUAACCGUUCAGUAAAGAAUGAUCAAUAUAGAUAAGUAGAAUAAACUUAUUAAAGAUCAGCAUCAUAAGAGGGUUUAAAGAGUUCAGUAUCUAAUUUAAGUAAGAUGCUUGGAUAAACUGAAAUAAGUUAUUAAUAGUAAUCAAAUUCAACAUAAUAAUAAACAAAUAAUACUUCUUUAAAUAGUUUAAAAGUACCUGUUUUUACAUAAAAUUAAUUAAAUAGUUUGAAAAAUAAUACUUAAUAUAUAUAUCCUUGUGCUACUUUGAGAAUGAAUGAGAAUCAUGUUUCAAAGGUGAGAUAUAACAACAACAAUCAUAGUGUUCAUGAGGAGAUUAAAUAAAAUAAAGAAAAUCAAUAGCCAACCAAAAAAUAAUCUAGGAGUGAUAUUAAAAUGAUUAUUGGAAAGUUAUUAUAAACAAAAGUAAAACAAAAUGAUAAUUUGGAUAAGACUUCUUAAUUUUCAAAAUUUAAUCGGAUUUGA